AUGUCGGAUUACAAAUUCGCCUCCAAGGGAAAAUUAAGUUUCAAGGGUGAUAAAACUUCCAGAAAGAAGAAGAAGCGCAAGGCAGAAGAGUCUCUUGAGGAGGAAGGUUGGGUUCGUGCCGAUAUACAAGAUGACCUUAUUGGCCCCAUAUUUCUCAUAUUCAAUAGCGAACCUCUCUCUUGCCUUUACUGUUCCGAGAAAGAUGGCACGAUCGGUGUUCGUCCCUUACAUCCGAGCAAACAGCUUCUGGAUUGUGAGCCAGAGGAGGUGUCUUCGGUGUUCGUAGGUGCUAAAAUUGUUGGUUCAGAGACCCGCAUUUCUUUGAAAACUUUCUCGGGAAAAUACCUUGCCUCCGACAAGUUUGGUAUCAUUACGGCGGAUCGAGAGGCCAUCGGUCCGCAGGAAGAGUGGACUCCUGUUAUAAGAAAUGACGGGAUUGCGCUACAGAAUGCUUAUGAAAAAUUUUUGAGUGCUGACGAGAUAGCUGAUGGUGGUUUUAGCUUAAGAGCGGAUGCGGAGACGGUGGGGUUUUGUGAAACUUGGAUUGUAAAAUGUCAAGCGAGAUUCCGUAAGAAAGCAAAGAGCGAUAAGAAGGAGACCAAGAGAAUUGAUGAACUUGAAAUUGAGCAGAUCAAGAAAUACCAGACCUGGGGUGGCGGUAGAAUAAAGACCACCAAAGAAGAUGUGUCGGAACUAAAGAAGGCAAAGAAAGAGGGAAAAAUGGCCGAAGCGUAA